AACUACGGCGGGUCACGGCUUUUAAAGGCCUCAUUCCUAUUUCCUACCUCUCUGAGUUAUCUCAUUGAAGCGCACUCAACGUUCUCCAUUGAAGCGUUCUCCGUUGAAUCUAAUUCUUGUGUCCCCCAUUGAAGCAGCUUCUAAGUUAUUGGGUUUGGAGCAAAAAUCACCUGAGAAAUUUUAGGAAUUUAUGUGGUAGGUUCUGAUUCUAAGAAAAGUAACGGAAUAACAGAGAGGAGUUUUAUCGAGUCGAAUCGAAUAACACAUUGAUCAGGAAUCAUGGAGAGUGAGCUGGUGGUAUUGUUCGAGGCCGCCAAGAAGGCGGCAGACGCGGCAGCAGCAGAAGACAUUGGCUCUGCCGAUGAGGAAGCUCGUUGCCUUGCAGCCUUGAAGGAGCUUAAGGAUUUCCCUGUCAAUUAUCAGCUUCUUGUUUCUACCCAGGUUGGAAAGCGUUUACGGCAUCUUACAAAACAUCCUAGAAAGAAUAUUCAGAGUGUUGCAGUUGAUUUGAUUGAGAUAUGGAAAAACAUAAUACUUGAGGAAACAUCACAGAAGAAAAAUGGCGAUGUUGGUAAUAAUACUAUGAAAGUUGAGGUUGCCAAUUCUGGCAGUACCAAGAAAUCAAUUCCAGUCAAGGAUGAAAAGAGCACACGGGGAGAAAAUGUGAAAGUCGGAAAAGUUGAACAAGUUAUUUCACCCAGACCGCAAAAGCUUGCUAAGACCGAAAGAGGUCCUGUGGAAAGUAAAUUUGAGAAUGGUAAUGCAUUAAAGGUUGGAAAUGUGAGUUUAGCGGAACCUGUUAAGGUUGAAAGAACGGUAAAGCAAGAGAAGCUGGGCUCCAGUGCAAAACCAGCUAAUGCUCCCCCAAAGUUGCCUUCCAUGGUCAAGGCUGGUGAUCCCAUACGUGAUAAGAUGCGAGAGCUUCUUUUAGAUGCUCUAUCUAAGGUUUCCAGCGAGGCAGAUGAAAGCAUUAAAGAACAAGUUGAUGCUUGUGAUCCAAUCCGAGUGGCUGUUUCAGUGGAGUCCGUUAUGUUUGAUAAGUGGGGCCGUUCUAAUGGUGCUCACAAGUUUAAAUACCGGAGCAUUGUAUUUAACAUCAAGGAUGCUAAGAACCCAGAUUUUCGUAGGAAAGUCCUUCUAGGGGAUAUCAAGCCUGAAAGGAUUGUCAACUUGACAGCCGAAGAAAUGGCCAGUGAGCAAAGACGAAUAGAGAAUCAAGAGAUUGAAAAGAGGGCUCUUUUUGACUGUGAACGUGGUGGUCCACCAAAGGCCACAACUGACCAGUUUAGAUGUGGGAGAUGUGGGCAGCGCAAGACCACGUACCACCAGAUGCAAACUCGUAGUGCUGAUGAACCCAUGACAACUUUUGUAACUUGCGUUAACUGCAAUAAUCAUUGGAAGUUUUGCUGAGCUUAUUUUAUUGGAAAAUGCUGGCAUCGCCGCCUAGCUGCUUGGCACAUAGAGGUGAUGAUUACAACUGCAUUAUAUAUUUCAACCUUCUGGUUCCUGUUGCCUUUUAUUGUGCAAGUAUUUCUGCAGUGCUUGUGCAGUUGCCUGUUUACAAUUCCGCCAUCUUUGGAAUUAGGGAAUGAAAGUGAUGUGAUCUUCACUUUUAUUAGUUAUGUUUCUGAUCAGUUUAGAUGAGUUUGUAGGAUUUUUUAAGUGUUACCCUUCCAUUUGUUUUAGAUGUUUCUUAAUUGUCAGAUCGGCUCUUGUAGAGCUGUAAUUAUUUGAACAAUUACGAUGGUGAAAUCUAUAUUUUUCUUGCUUAUGGAAUAUGUUUACUCAUGUCUGUGCUACAUAUUACACUAAAUCUUUUAUACAGUUUCUUUACAAUGCAUGAACACAAUGUGCAGUUGUCUUUGA